AAUCUUAACAAAAUUUCUAAGACAAUUAAUAGAAAUAUGAUCAGUAUAUUUUAAAUAUUAUGAAAAUUGAAAGGAGUUACAAAUAGUUUUUGUAUCAAGUGCUAGGUUGACAUACAAAAGGAGAAAAAAACUUGUGUUACAGUGUAGAGAUUGUUGGUGUAAUAUAUGCAUGGACACGGACAAGAAUGCAUAUAAUUUGAGACAGUGAAAAAAGGAUCACCGCCGGCAGAAUAGCAGCGUUGGUAGCAAGCUCAACUAUAAUCAUUUCUCUAUCUUUCUAUUACCUCCAACCUCUAUUUCUCUUCUGUUUUUACGUUCAUUCACGGUUCGGUUCACAAAUACUUAUAUAAUCUUUCUGGUAAAUCUCGGAAUUUUUCACCAUUGUUAAUGGUAUCUCUGGCUCUCUAGUUUCUCCAAUUGUAUUGAUGGAUUUCAUUCGUUCUAUGUUUGCAUUCUGUAAAAUUUCCUGUUUUAUUGCUAUGCUAAAUGUCUUUUCUUUAAUUUGUUGUCACAUUUUGUUUCAGUAAUGCAAACAAUUAUGCAAAUCCAUUAUUUUCAUACGCAUUUUAAUCCUAACCUCUAAUCCGAAUCUGAAUUGUUAGAAUAUAUGAUUCUGGUAAGCUCUCCUCCCAACAUCUUGAGAUUUUAGAAGAAUUGGUAACUUAACAUGAUAUCAGAGUUUAGGCUCGCCUGGUAUUAUGUUUUUACCAAUAUGUAGCAUUUUUUGGUGUCUUUUCUGAUUAUUAGAGCAGAUUUCUCUGGAUUAUGUCAAACAAACCACGUAAAUGUUGCAUUUCAUUCUUGUGAAUGAUGAUCCUUCAUCCUUAGCUGCUAUCUGUGUUCAUUAGAAAAUUUUAUGUUGGUAGAUAAGUUUGCUAAUGCCAAUGUUGUUCAACUGCUAAUCGUUGAGUAGUAAUAAUUGUGUAAACCUUGUUGAUUUUGCAAUAAUGUCAAGUGUUAAAGAAACAGCUCUUCAACUUGAAAGGCAUGUCUAGAAGGCCAACAAACACCACACGGCGGCUUACAAACAAUGGAAGUUCUCUAUUUGGUGCAUUUUCUAAUUCAAAAUCACAGAUCUCUCCCCUGUUAUCUGUUGUCCUUGUUUUUCUGGGUGCAAUAUUUUUCAUUGGUUACUUUUAUAAGGGUUCAGGUGUGUCUAAAAGGUUCAGAGAAGCUGUCAGUAGAGGAGUAGAAGGUGACUUCACUUGCACAUAUGAUGUUCAGAGAGCUAUACCUUCCCUUAAGAAAGCAUAUGGCGAGAGUAUGCGCAAAGUUUUGCAUGUCGGGCCAGAUACUUGCUCAGUUGUGUCCAAGUUGUUGAAAGACGAGGAAAUUGAAGCAUGGGGAGUGGAACCAUACGACAUAGAAGAUGCUGAUCUGAACUGCAAAAGACUUGUGCAUCGAGGCAUUGUACGUGUGGCUAAUAUCAAAUUCCCUUUGCCAUACAGAGCCAAAUCAUUUUCUCUUGUUAUUGUGUCUGAUGCAGUAGACUACCUUUCUUCCAAUUACCUGAACAAGACUCUUCCAGAACUGGCCAGGGUGUCCUCUGAUGGCCUAGUUAUAUUUACAGGUUUUCCAGGUGAUCCUAGAGCUCAGCCAACUGAACCAGCAAAAUAUGGACGCCCGGCUAAAAAGCGAAGCACAUCAUGGUGGGUGCGGUUUUUUGCUCAAACAAGCUUGGAAGAGAGUACUCAGGCGAUUAAAAGGUUUGUGAAGGCUGCAGUCGAGGAUAACUACAAACCAGCAUGCCAGAUUUUUCAACUCGAUUCAUUUGAGUGACAAAACAAGAUCCAUGGUAAUCAGUUAAUCAUACUCCUGUUGUUUCUGGAUGAAUUCCUUGAGCAUGUAACACAAUAUUCUAAGAUCUUGGCAUAGAAUGUUCACAUGUUUAUGAUACAAUUGAUUUGUUUACUUAUUAUUGUUGCUAUUCAGCUAUCAUUUUAGCAAAUAAGACGAUGUCAGAUAUUUGAAAA